AUGCCAACCUACGCAGACCAAUGGAACGAGCAGCAACGCGCGCUGGGUCGGUCGGGCCCCUCCAACCCUGUCCGCCUGACCAUCUCCAAAGGCGACUAUGAAUGGGAUCCACACUUGAACCGCUUCUGCUACGUGGAGCAAUGGGAGGAGGAGCAUCUCAUGGAAGAUGAGGAGCUCCACGACGCCAACUACCUCGCAGCCGUUUCUUCCGCCGUCGACGGCCAUGGUAGUCGAGGCUCCUCGCCCUCGCUACCUGCUACCCUGCAAAAUCCCGUCCUCAGCAGUAGUCUCGACGGCAUGCGCACCUCAUUGUGGGUGCUCGACACCAACACGCUGCUUUCCUGCCUCGACCUGCUCAAAGCACUCUUUGCCUCGCUUUUGACACGCAAUGUGGCAUACGCAGCGGCGUUCAAGCAGGGUCAUUUGCACACGAGACCGUCGUCCAUUAGACUCAUCCUACCCUACGUCGUGGUCUCCGAGCUCGAUGGCCUCAAGAUCUCCAAAGGCCGUUCCGUCUCAUCACAAGCACGCAACGCAAACCAUUGGCUGCUCUCGGCACUUCAAAAGCAAAAGCGAGUGCCCAUCGACGAGGCCGGCGCAAACCUCUCCGAGGAUCUUUGGCCACUCUUCGUCCAGCCGUCGUCCCACUACAACGCGUCGAAAGGCUCGCGCGGUACUUGUCGUUGGGACCUGAACGACUUCAGCACCGCCGACGACGAGAUCGUCAAAUUCUGCGUGGAUCUCAGCCAGCAGACCUCGUCAAUGAUCCGAUUCUGUUCCGACGACACUAAUGCUCGCACCAAAGCGGAGCUGGACGGCAUCGAUUCCUUUGCCAUGCGCGAGUUUGCCAACGCACUGAAAGACAACUUCAAGAACGUGCGCCCGGAAGACAAGUGGACGUACGUAGCCGACGAGAUCAUCGAUCAGUGGGAGUAUCAACUCGGCUCAGCGGAACAGCAGCAACAUCUGCAGCAGCAGCAUCAACAGACUCUCGAGCCGCAAUCGCGCAUACAUCAUCCUCAGCCACACACUGCGUGGCAAGUACCGGCAUCUCAGUCUCAGUCACCUGCGCCCCAAGCUGCACAGACCCCUCCGCUCCAGUCACCGCACCGCUUAGAACGCUCGACUUCAAGCACCGAGAUCCUUGAAGUCGAUAUGGAUACUGAAGAGCCGCCCCUGCCAAGCAACGGUGCGAUUCGUCCUGCUCCUUCCUUGUCCCCUCGUCCCAUCACCCGCAAGCGUCCCUCUCUGACGGCCGAGGGUCGUGGAACCACCGACAGCAUACACAGUCCACAAAACGCUCGUAGGCCUACCAGAACAAGGUCUGCCCGUCUUUCUCCCGGUCCAGCUCGAUCCCCUGCUGUUCCGCCACAUCCUGAGCCCGUACCGAACGAGCCGACCGCGGAGUCUGAAGCAUUAAACCCGACGAUCGAGUGGGAAGACCUGGUCAAGCAGCAUGGACCCAGCUCGCGGGCGAGCAAGAAGCAGCGCAAUGGCCGAUGGUAG